AUGGCGACUCGUGGACACGAUCACGAUCGAGGGAGAGAUAGGGCUAGUAAUACGGAACCUGAGAAUAAUCCCGCGAACUUUAUGACUGCCCUAGAUAACAUGGCUGCUGCUAUACAAGCUACGGCUGCGGCAUUGGGAAAUCAAGUCGGUAAUGGGAAUGGCGACGAUGGAGAGAAGGGGCCAAUGACCUUAGUAACCUUCCUGAAGGUAAAUCUACCUAUCUUUAGAGACACGACGAACCCCACAGAAGCAGAUAACUGGUUUCAGGUGAUGGAACGGGCUUUAAAAGCACAACAAGUCCUUGAAAAUCAACGUGUUGAAUUUGUAACCUAUCAGUUAACGGGUGAAGCCCAGCAUUGGUGGCAGGGUACUCGGCCCUUGCUGCAGCAAGAUGACAAUGCAGUACCUUGGAAUGCCUUUCAGUUAGAAUUCUACAAAAAGUACUUCCCCAAUUCGGUCAAGACAGCUAAAGAGCUUGAAUUGUUGCAAUUGAAGCCGGGUCAAAUGUAUGUAGCCGAAUAUACCAACAAGUUUGAGGAAUUAUGUCAUUUUUCCAAGAUUUGUCAGGGUGUUCUAGGAGACUCUGAGGAGUGGAAGUGCAUCAAAUAUGAAGGAGGACUCCGGGGUGACAUACUGAGUUCAGUAGGCCCGAUGGAGGUAAGAGUUUUCUCAGACCUGGUAAACAAGAGUAGGGUUGUGGAAGAAUGUCUAAAGAAGGCUGCUAUAGAAAGAAAUGAUAGCCGGGAAUUUCACCAAAAGGAACGUAAUUAG